AUGGAGGCUUCUAUCCACAGCAGUGCCUUCGAUAGCGGCGACACCUCUCAAGACGAAGAAAUUGCGAUAGAAGAAGCGCCUGCUUACAGCAAGUACGUCAUAGGCCUUUACGGAGUCUCAGGCGUGGGUAAAUCCUCAUUGUUAGAUAAACUCAACAAUUAUCAACCUCCCUAUCCAUUAUAUGAUUUCGCGUUUCGCGAGGGUUCAAGUAUCCUUAAUGAUGUGAUCCCGGGAGGUCUAGAGAAGUUAAAAGAUCGUAGCGCUGAAGAGCAGAAGCUUUUUCGUGAGAAGGCAAUCGAGAAGAUCGUUGAACUCGGCCAGACGUCAGCCCUCCAUACUGUUAUCGCCGGCCACUAUAUGCUAUGGAACGACCCAACAAAAGAUGAAGGUGAGAUAAUCGGGACAGACGCCGACUGGGGGGUUUAUACGCACAUAAUUUACGUGCGUGGAGACCCAGCGAGCAUCAAGGAAAGGCGUGAUAAGGACCAGAUUAAGGAUCGGACCAAACUCACAGAAGAGCACUUGCGUAUUUGGCAGGAACGUGAGAUAAAGGAGCUCAGAAAUACGUGUAGGGAGCGGAACAUAUUGUUCGCGGUUGUCGAGGAAGACCCGAAUGGUACUCCUAUCUUCGACAGGGUUGUGAGCCUUCUCACUGUUUUUACCAAGGAUUAUCACCAAUAUUACACCAUCAGGGCACUGAUGAAAUCUGAUCCAUAUCCGGUAGAAACCGUCCUUGAUCGCGUGGUAUCAGAUAUAAGCGUGCGAGGCAACUUCGGAACACACAUUCUCUUAGAUGCUGACCGAACGCUCGCUCCUCAAGACACAGGCAAACUCUUCUGGGCCGUAGUCAAAGAAAAAUAUGGAAAGACUGGGAAGGAUCCCUUGAGAGAGAUUUUCGAGGUCCACAACUACAAUUACUUUGCAUUCCGCCAGGUGUCAUUGUUGUACGAUGAAUAUGCCAGUGACUUUGAUGCCAUCUGCACGGAAGUGGCAACUAGAGUUUCUCCGUAUCCAGAAAUCAUCGCGUUGUUGAAGGGAACAGAGUCAUAUCUCAAAAAACAUUGCGUUAGCGCAACGAUCGUGACAUGCGGUCUAGGUGAAGUAUGGAGAAAGGUUCUAGAACGGAACGGCAUCAACGAAGUGAACGUGAUCGGGAAUGGGCACGCUUCUGAGGUUGACCCGUGGGAUAAAAAAUCAAUCCUUGUCACCCCUUCCGUGAAAGGCGAACUAGUCGACAAACUCCAUAGUCGUUUCCAUCGCGUCAUCGCUUUCGGCGAUAGCCCUUUAGAUUUAGAAAUGCUGAAAAAAGCUGAUGUAGCUUGCGUAGUCGUUGGCAAAGAAGAAGAUCGCAGCAGGAGCAUGGAUCCAGCGCUAGAAGCCGCCGUUUUUCAGGGCGGUCUCGAAGCGUAUCAAAUCAUCCUGCCUCCGGGCGAGAAGCCCCGUCUGAAUCACUACAAGCUACCGCUUCUCAUUCUCGACGAUCGCGAGAUCCACAGAUUGCUACAACCAUUCGUAAUCACUGCGACAGAUAAAAAAGCAACUUUGCUUUUGCAGACACCUACGCGAAACGCCGACGUCACUGGCCCUCGACUACGAAAAGCCCACAAACGCAUCGGUUUCUACCUCGCCACAGAGUACAUAAGUCGCGUAGCGGGACUCGCAUCAUACAAGAUCAAGGAUGUCAAAAGCGGAGAAACAGAUGGAUACCGCCUUUUGGACGAAAGCGAAACAUUGAUCGUACCCCUCAUGCGCGGCGGUGAGCCCAUGGCCUUUGGUGUCAGCGAAGCUUUUCCAGAAGCCAAAUUCCUCCACGCGUCUGAGCCCAGUGAUCUAAAAACUAAGUUAUUGGCCUCUACUCGCCGCAUUAUCCUAGUGGACUCCGUGAUCAACAGUGGAGCCACUAUUGCAAGUUUUUUGAAGGUAAUUCGGGAUGAUGACGAUUGGGAUGGAGAGGUCAUAGUGGUGGCUGGUGUAGUGCAGGUGAACGCACUCAAACAGAGUGAAAUGGCAAAUUUGAUGCGGAGGUACAAGGGGGUAAGUCUAGUCGCUCUCAGGGUAUCGGAGAGGAAGUACACAGGUCAAGGGACAUCGGAUACUGGGAAUCGGCUGUUCAACACUACAGAAUUGGACUGAAUGUAGUAUUUUAGAGUGAUGGAAUGUACGAUGCACACGAGGAGAAAUGUGUUGGGACGGAACUGGAUAGAAUAAUGAUCCGAAAUCGCUCGUGUCUACUGCAGUCGGCGCCAGUGAACAGGGGCUGUAUUUCACCUUCCAUGUUGGAAGAUUUAUUUCCAUAGCUUCGCAAGGCGAUCCUGCUGCGGAAUCGUUGCCUGAGCGUGUGAUCUUCAAUGCUGACCAUUCGGAGCCUCACUUAUUCCACAUACAGACCGUUGACCGACGUCGACCGACCGGUGAGCUC